UACCCACAAUGCACCGGCGCGGCACGAGCCACGUAAACCAGACGGCGCGAGGAGCUGCCUGGCUGAACCAGAAGUGUUUGUUCCUGCGGCGGCCGCACCAACGUGGACCUGGAGAAUGAAGCGGCUCACGAGUUCAGGAGGUGCUCGUGUAUGAGACCCCCCGAAUAAACGCGGUGUUGAGACUAAAUCAAGAAUGACUGUGCAUAUCUCUGAAAAGUCCGACCAGAAAUCCUUGUGACCUCCCUGAAGUGGGCAGGUGUUAAGUAAAUAAUCAAGAUGUCCAUGGUGUUGUUUGCCUCUGUAGUACGGGUGAGAGAUGGCCUCCCGCUUUCAGCUUCAACAGACUAUGAGCAGGAUAAGGCAGUUCAGGAAUCAAAGAGGCACCUCAAGUCGCUGUCCAAAAAACUCGGCCACUUCCCUGACAGAUGCACUCUGAGGAUUGGACAAUACACCAUCAACUUUACCAGUUCUUUAGGUGUUGGUUACAUGAUGGUUUGCACAGAAAGCUACCCCAGCGUCCUGGCCUUCUGCUUUCUGGAUGAGCUGCAGAUGGAGUUCAUCGUUUCAUACGACACCAACAAAAUAAACGGCGCUGUUAGGCCGUACUCUUUUAUUGAAUUUGAUAAUUUUAUUCAGAAGAUUAAACAAAGGUAUAACAGCCCACGCUCACUAACAACAAAGAUCAAUCUUGCGGAUAUGCAAACUGAAAUUAAAUUGAGGCCUCCCUACCAGCUCUCCACGUCAGAUAUUGGAACCUUAAAUGGAUUUGCAAACUUUUCCCCACACAAAUAUAAAGGAAUCGCACCAAACCAAAUGCUGGAACCCGUGACCUUGGCAGGCAUCAUCUCCUGUAUGCUUAGCCUGUUAUGUGGAGCCCUGAAUUUAAUCCGAGGAGUUCACGCCAUAGAAAGUGUUUUACAGACUGAAGAGGAGGAUUUGAAUUGUAUUGUUGCCUUUUUCAUUGGAACUGCUGCCUGUUUUUAUCAAUGUUACCUGUUCACGUUCUGCACCGGCUGGAGGAGCCUUAAAGCCUUCUUGUCGUUUGCGCUCAUCUGCCUCUGUAACCUUUACCUGUACGAGUUAAGGAACUUGUGGCAGCUUUUCUUCCACGUUACUGUGGGGGCGUUUGCCACAUUGCAGAUCAGACUGAGGCAGCCCCAAGGAAAAGCUCCGGACUACAACGUCUGAAGGUGCCCCCUUGACGAGGAGAUCUCAGGAAGUGUGCGCCCCUUUUUCACCCCCACGUCAGCCGCAGCUACAGUAAGAAUACGUCUGUUAUACCCCAAAAUAAAACCUUCAAACAAAUGGUUCUUCAUGA